AUGGUUGAACUUACACCUAUCAACGACGAACAGGCCGAGAAGUUGUUUGAACAGGCCGAACACCAAGCUGAAGUUUCUGCUGCUGCCGCUGAACUUGUUGGAGAAGCCCUUGAAGAGGCUGUUGAAGAAGCCCUUGGUGAAGCCCUUGAGGAGGUCGUUGAGGAACUAAUUGACGAAGAAGCUGCUGCCGAAGAAAAUGACGAUGACUUUGAGGAUACUGACGGCGAAUCUGAGACCGAAAAGCCUACCGCUAGAAAGCCUACAGUUGAAGAUGUUGACGAGGAUGAAGACGAGGAUGACGAAGAAGAUGACGAAGAAGAUGACGAAUAUGAGGAGGAUGUAUUCGAUGAGACCUUGGCUGAACGCAUCAUUGCCCUGAAGGCUGUUGUCCCUCCUGCUUACCGCAAUGUUGUGGGUUCUGUCAGCAGCGUGGUUAACACACUCGUCAGCACUACCUUUUCGUUUACCGGCAAGGCUUUGUGGGUUGUUACCACAUCCGCUCUGCUGUUGGGUGUCCCACUGACGCUCUCGGUCAUUAGCGAGCAACAACUGAUUGAAAUGGAAAAGGAGAUGAGACUCACCCAAUCUACCAAUGAGAUGCUUGCUCCUGGUGCAGAAAGCGGAUUCCAGCAAGCUCCCGUGGCUUAA